AUGGCAAAGGGCUUGUUGGCCGCUUCUUGGGAUGCAGGCCCAACGCUGCUGGAGCCUGGCGAUCUAAGGUUCAGGAGUUUCCAUGCGACAUCGCUUGCUGCGCUGGAUGAGGCACGUGCUGCCUCGGAGGCAGUGGCUGCACUUCUCCCUAGGCGGCGCAGCGCUCAAGACUGGCUUGGCAACCAUGAUGCAGGCUUGGUCCCGGCAUGUGGCAGUCGUGCUGUGCCUUCACGACGGGGCGACAUCGGCACUUCUUUCCUGGGCUCCGACUCGUCGGCGUCAUCUUUUCAGCAACAGUGGCAGGGGCCACCUCCUCAACAGCAAAACUUCCAGCAGCAACAACAAUUCCAGCAGCCACCGCCGCAACAACAACAAUUUCAGCAGCAGCAGAACUUCCAGCAGCAAGGCCAAAUGCAGGGACCACCGCAGCAAAACUUCCAGCAGGGCCAGGGUCCGCCACAGCAGGGUGGCUAUCAACAGCAGGGUGGCUAUCAGCAAGGCUAUCAGCAGCAGGGAGGAUAUCCGCCAAACCAGCAAGGAUACUACCAGGGGCAGCCCGGACAACCAGGUUACCAGGGUGCCCCGCCGCAGGGUGCAGCCAGGAGCCCAUCAUCCGGUUCGAAGGCGGCGCUUAUGGCAGGUGUCAUGUCCCCGUUUGGCAUCGCCAUCAUCGGAGCCGGCCUCUACUUCUACUGCAAGCACAGCUGGCAAGCUUCAGUUAUAUUGCGAGGUUGA